AUGAAGAAGACCGAGCUGGAAGCCGCUCUCGAUAGCCAUCUCUCGCAGAACAAAGAUCGCCUCUCUCACGAAGCAAAGCUGGGCGACUACUACGAGAGGCUGUCGAGACCGCCGCGUGGGUCGCCUAUUAAAAAGGAACCAAAGGCAGAGGUCUCCUCGCUGGACGGCUCGGUGAAGCGGUCCACGCGUAGACGAUCUGUCAAGCCAAAGCAAGAGGUCGAGGCAACAGAUGACUCGGAUGAGGAGGCUUCGGAAAAGUCUUCUCCAUCUCCCCAGGUGGCUGUUCCAGCUGUUACGCAGACUCCAUCGCGUCCUGCAAUUAAGUUCCCUUCGUUGCCACCAUCUCCAGCCGUGGUUACGGACGCGAUUGACAGACAGACCACCAGAGUCCGCCAAUCUAUAUCGGAGGCAUGGGACCAGUCUGGCAUGACAGAGCGAACUCACACUCUGCGUUCAUCGCUGAGUAGCGUCAACUCCAUCCAGUUUCUCAUCCUCGCUCUCGAAUUGUUCGGCAUGCUAAAGGAUGUUUUGCCGUGGAUAAACGUUACCAUCCCAGCCAUCAAGAGCUUGAACACGCCCAUGACUACCAUAAAAGCUCCAGACAUGUUCGCCACCUUGUCUCCAUCUUUCUUGUCUCCCUUCUUGCUCUGGGUCACCACGAGCAUUAUCCUGCCUUCGAUUGCCGCGUACUUCUUCAACAUCAACCUCAAAAUGAGCCAGUCUCAUUCUACCUCACGUCGAGUAUCUGCGUCUUCCGCACAGGACACGAGCAAGACAUGCGGUGACCAGCUGGUAUUCAACGUAUCAAAGGCACUAAUCGCCUCUUUUGUGUAUGGCCACGGUUUCAACUUCUGGGACCUGUUCAGCAAGUCCUCUCUCCAGAGAGUCUCUGAUGCUGUCCCGGGCGGCCUACAAGGCUUGCUGACCGGCUCGGCCAUCUGCACACUAGGAAGCCUCUAUGAGGCCAUCUUGAGAAAGUAG